CACACGGAGAAUACAGAGAGACACAGACAGACACGGAGAGAGAGAGACAGACCGGGAGAGAGAGGAGGACACAACAACAUCACUACGAAAACAAACCGGCGCGUCAACACACACUCACACACACACACACACACACACUCACUGCGGACACUUUUACUCAACUUUUUCCUUCACGAACGUCUUUUUUUUUCUUUCUUUUUUUUACUUAAAAUCUAGUUUUGGUUUUCAAAUCAUUGUUGACUGUUUGAGUUUUUUGGGAUGUAAGAACCACUGAGGAGUUUGGUGUUUUUUCUGCCUUGUUUCCAUUUUGUCUCACAUUUCAAAGGCGAAGUUGUAACUUUUUUUAUACACACACGCGCACACACACACACACACACACACAUAAAGCGGCGACAUUUUCAUGACAUUGUAACAAACUCGUUCGGCUCCGUCACCACUCGACCAUGGCGGAAGCGGCUCAGCAGCAGCCACACCUGGUGGACAUAGACCCGGAUUUCGAGCCCCUGUCGCGGCCCCGCUCCUGCACUUGGCCGCUGCCCCGGCCGGAGUUCCUCAACCCGGGCGACUCCAACACGUCGUCGCCGGUGCCCUCCGUGAAGCAGGAGCCCGCGGGCGGCUGCGGCAGCGGCAGCAACAACGGCGACUUCAUCAGCAGCUUGAGUCUGCUGGAGGAGAGCGAGGACUUCCCGGAGCAGAAGCCUGUCAUCCUGUGCGCCGAUGACUUCCAGUGUCAGGAGAACUGUGUGCACCAGCAGCAGCAACAGCAGCAACAACCUCUGCAACAACAGCAGCAGCAACAACACCAGCAGCACCAGAACCCGCAACUCCCGCAUCAGCAGCAGCAUCAGCAGCAGCAGCAUCAGCAGCAGCAGCAGGUGCCUCUGCUCUCCUCCCCGGUCGGAUCGUCGUCCUCUGCGGCCGCAGCCGCCGCCGCCGCUGCCCAGAGGAAGAGCAGCUCCUCCCGGCGAAACGCAUGGGGGAAUAUGUCAUAUGCAGACCUCAUAACCAAAGCGAUAGAAAGUUCUCCCGAGAACCGACUCACCCUGUCACAGAUCUAUGACUGGAUGGUGAAGAGUGUGCCAUAUUUCAAGGAUAAAGGAGACAGCAACAGCUCUGCAGGAUGGAAGAACUCCAUCAGACACAACCUGUCGCUGCACAGCCGCUUCAUCCGCGUCCAGAACGAGGGCACGGGGAAGAGCUCGUGGUGGAUGCUGAACCCCGAGGGCGGGAAGAGCGGCAAGUCCCCGCGCCGCAGAGCCGCCUCCAUGGACAACAACAGCAAGUUCACCAAGAGCAGAGGACGAGCGGCGAAGAAAAAGCUGUCCCUGCAGGGCGGCCCUGACGGAGGCGGCGACAGUCCGGGCUCUUACUCCAAAUGGCCCGGCAGCCCUAAUUCCCACAGCAAUGACGACUUUGAUGCGUGGAACAGCUUCAGGCCUCGGACGAGCUCCAACGCCAGCACUCUGAGCGGCCGCCUCUCGCCCUUCAUGCCGGAGGACGACCUCGGGGAGGCAGACGUGCACAUGGGCUACCCGGGAGCUCCUGGGAGCAAAAUGACGGCCACGCUGCCCAGCCUGACGGAGAUGACUGGCUCUCUGGGACACAGUACUGAGAACGUUAUGGAGAACCUUCUGGACAACCUGAACUUGCUCUCACCUAAUAACUCUCAGGUCGGCGGCGGGGCCACGACCCCCGGCUCCUCCCAGUCCUCCCCGUCUGCCAUGAUGCAGCCGAGCCCGGGCUACCCCACCUACAGCUCCCCCAGUAUGGCCCCGCAGCCGCCGCAGGAGUAUCGCAAGUGUGCAUACGGCCAAGCGGGAAUGAACAGCCUGUCGUCCAUGCCGCUGCAGACUCUGCCAGAGAGUAAGCCCAGCUUUGUGCCCAUGGGUCAGUACAGCUGCCCCGCAGGUCUCCUGAAGGAGCUGCUAACAUCAGACUCUGACCAGCACAGCGAGCUGAUGCCGUCAGUGGACACCGUGGUGUCUCAGUCCAGCGGCGGCUGCAUGCUGCCACCGUACAGCAGCAGUCAGCAUGCGGCCAAACUCAUGGCCGGAGGGAACAGUCACCUGCACUCGCUCCCUCACUCUCAUCCGCACGGCAUGCACAGCCAGGCCAAGAACGGCCGUUUGCAUAUGUCCUUAAACCACAGCGGGGGCUCAGCGCGUUUGCCUGCCACCAAAGGCCCCAUGCAGAUGCCGUACGGCCUCCCCGGACACCUGGGCGGGAUAGGGAUGCCCGGAGGCUACUGUCCCCUCAACACAAACGGAUACGGUCGACCGGGUCCGCCGCCGCUGUCGCACUCAGAGAAGCUGCCCAGCGACCUGGACGACAUGUCCAUCGAGAAGUUUGAGUUUGACAUGGAGACGGUCCUCCAUGACACGCUGAUGGACGGGGACUCGCUGGACUUCAACUUUGAGCCAAUGGUGACCCAGCAAAGUUUCCCUCACGGGGUAAAGACCACCACACACAGCUGGGUGUCCGGGUAGACAAACUGUGGACAGAAAAACGAAAGUUCACCUGAACUUCUGGACUGUGGUUGUUGUUGCUGUUUUGGUCAAAAAACAAAAUGUGACAUUUCAAUUUCAUCUCAGAUUAAUCAUCAUCUGCACUUCAAAAGAGACUCGUCUGUAGACCGAGACCAGCUGAAGACACGGAGACAAUGACAUCAUCAAUCAGUUCAUUUUGAAAAUAUCAAACCUUAAAAGGUCCAGUGUGUAAGAAUUAGUGACAUCUAAUGGCGACGCGGCAGAUCGCAACACAUGGUUCAAAAUGUAUUGCAAUCAGGGAACUACGGUGGCCUUCACAGCCCAAAAGAAUGUAAACACCUCCUUCUUUGUUGGUUUUUUACGCUGACGUUGGCCGUUCUUCAUUUGCGUAGCAACCACAGACCGUUUAUAACAAGUAGUCUUCUGGUUUGCAGGGAAGUCACAAUUUACUGAGUAGCCACCAGGGGGCGAUAACCAUGGUUAAUAGCCUACUGCUAACUUGAUUCAUAACAUCAGCAAACUUUCAGCGCAUGAUUGACAGCUCGUAUUGUUCAGUACGUACCGAGUUUUUAACACAUUUUACAACUGGAAAAGACUACGCCCACUUUUUAUAUACGGUCUAUGGUCGUAAACUUUCACUUCACAUGUCCUUUCAGGCUGCCGUAGAAACAGCCUCUGUAAAGCAAGACCCAUUGCCUGCAGGACUUCUAAAAGUACUCAUAUUUUUAAAGCAGUAACUCAUUCUUAAAUCACAUUUCUGCCUCCUAACUGUUUCACACUGGACCUUUAAGUUAAAAACAAAUAAAAAAAAGUGCCAAACAUUUUUGCCUUAACCUAAGAGCCAAACGGAAGCACACACCUCUCUCUGGUUUACUCACCAAGGCUGGAAAUAUUACACUGCCAACAUCAUCAGCAGCAGCAGCAGCAGCAGCAGCAGCAGCAGCAGCAGCAGCAGCAGCAGCAGCACAAUCUGUGGAGGUCGCACAGACUCACACCACGCCGUUUACUGUUCCCACAAUCAACCUUUCUUUGUACGUGCGUUGUCGUGAUAAUUGAGCUCCACUACGGACAAGUUAUGAAGGUAACGUGGCUCAUGGACAGAUUUCAAGGGAUUCUCGGACGAUGUUACAUGGAAAAAAAAAACAAAACAAAGAAAACUCACUUUGUCAUUGCCUGAAUGUACAUAUAUAUAUACAUAUAUAUAUAUAUAAAUAUAAAUACAAAGUCAUGGUAUAGUUUGUAAAAUCAGGUCGGUAGUGUAUUUUUUAAAGACUGUAAAUAGUGUUUACAGAAUUGAAGCAAAAAUUUGAGGCAGCAGCAGGAGCAGGAGCAGGAGCGAGCUAGUUCACAGACGCAGAGAAAAACUGGAGCAGAUUCCGUCAGACUCGGCGAAUCCUUCUCAAUCAGGCUGUAAAAUCUGAUCUCUUGUAUGUAAUAUAUAUAUAUAUACAUAUACAUGUAUAUAUAUAUACAUAUAUAUUAAGAAUGUAUAUUAAAAACGAUGCAGUAGGUGUUUUUACUACUAGAUUUUAUUUUGACGCCUAAAUUAUUUGGAGGUGACGAUAGAUUAUUGUUAUUAUUACGCCGGUGCUAAAACUGGCACUCGGACCUUAAAGAAGAGUCGUCUGUCACUCUGAACCUUAAUACCACAGAGGCCUAUUAAUUGUGCCUAACUAGAUAUUGACUGCAGGCUUGAAGGUUGUUGUGUUGUUGUUUUUUAAAUAUAUAUAUAUAUAUAUACAUAUGUAUAUAUAUAUAUAUUGUUGAUGACUAUGGUCCAGAAGAUACUCAAAUCCUUGAAGAGAAGCACAGUGAAUUCUUUAUUUUUUUUCCACAAGAAGACUGUCGAGUGUUAUUGUUAGGUCCCCCUGCCCCCCCCCGGCCCCCGGCCCCCCAUCCCAACGCUUUGUGAAUGUUGCGUGUCACGGCAGGUCGUAGAAAAAAAGAAGUAGAGCGAGAGAAUUCUCAGUGCUACUGUUUUGUUUUCACUUGGAGAUCUCGCUGAAGACACUUUGAGUUGUCGUCGUCCCACCGUGGUUCAUUUUCCUCCUCAUUUGUCGCCAAAAAAAAACUGAUUUUAACGAGUUCAGCACGAUUCCCUUCUGACGCCGGCUUCACCUCGCUCACCAAGACUCCACUUUCACUCUACCUCUGUUACCUGUCUUUGUAACGGUCACGUGUAAAAGGCUCCAAACGUCUUUUUUAUUUUAUCAUACGUUUCUCCCUCCCCUGGAAAAAGGCGCUACGCUAAGUGUUAAGUAUCUUAUCUCGCUUGUACAUUUGCAUUUCCCCCUCACUCGCUUCUCCCGACACGUCGUCAGCCAGUCGGCGACUCAUCUCAUCGCAGGUGUACAACGUGAACAUGAAGUCGACUUGGGUGUCGGUGGCUGAAAAAAGAAAAAUACCAAAUGGCUUAGAGCAGGAAAACUUACUAAAGACUGCCUUUUAUUGCGUUUUAUGGAUUGAUUUGUACAGAAACCACGUGUGUGUGUGUGUGUGUGUCAGGUCAUGUGUCGUCAAGAACUGGGAGGGAGCGUGCAGUGGAAUUCACCUCCAAACCAAUCGCGGGGGAGAAAAGCUCUAUCACACGCCUUUUGUGUUUUUGCCUGAAAAGACAACCUUGCAUACUCGACAGCAGCAGCAGCAGCAGCAGCAGGAAUAACACAUGAUCUGUCACUGCACUGACAAAAGGGUUUGAAGAAGAAAGAAAAAAAAGCCUGGGAGCGGGCAGGUUUACGAAGAAUAACAUGGAAUUCUUAACAUUUCAACAAAAGAGAAAAAAAAAAAGGCUCCGCAGAGAAGCCGAUAAAGACGCUGCUGUUUGGCUCUGGUGCCAGGUGUUGCCUUCUUUUCUUACCCAAACAUGCCAUAAUGUAAUGUACUAUAGCCAAAAUUUGCCUUUUGAAGUUAAAAGUGAUAUAUUUAGCAUUUUUAUCAUGUGAUAUUUUCAAGAAUUAUAAAUAUAUAUAUAUAUAUAUAUAUAUAUUUGUGCCGGUCACUUAAGUCAGGAUAAACUGUAAUGGAUCCAUGUAGUCAGUGUCACAGGGUUCAUGCGAUAAAGUAAACAAAAAAGAGCUGUACUAAGUAAAUUAUAUCUCUACAUUUAAAAAAAAAAAAAAAAUAAAUAAAAUCUAUGCAUUGUAUUCCUUAAUUUUAUGUUGCUGUUGUUAUAUUUUGUCUUUUUUUUCAUUUUCAACUUAUGACAGAGAUAUUUUAUUGUAACAUAGCGCUGUGAGAUAUUAUGGUGUUGUCGUCGUUGUCAAAACUCUAUGUUCCAGAAUAGUUCUAUGGUGGGGAAUAAUAAUAAAAGAAAAUAAAAAGAAAAUAAAUGAAGUUUAUUUAGAAACUAGAUGAUGCAGUGAUUGAUAGGCUAAGCUUUUGUAAACUGACGAUGUCGUACUUCUUGUAUUUAGCUACCGUUUCUAGAAAAUAGCAUCGAUUAUUGAAAGAAAAAGGAAAAAAAAAAAGAUCAGAUAUAUUGCAUUUUUAAAAUGAAAAAAAAAUACAUAUUUAGUCUGUCGGAGGAAUUCCUGCUCGGAGAAAAAAAGCAGAUUCUGGACCAAUUUUUUUGUAAUUUUAUGAAUGGAAACAUAUUGCACUUUUACUUACGUUUUUUUAAUAAAGUGCUCCUCGUAACACGGGGAAGAAAAAAAAAACAACAAUACAUAUUUUAAAAUACAAAAUCUGUUACAUUUAACUUAUGCAGGAAUAAUUUGGAAUGAUGCUGUGUGAUUUGCAAUCAAUACAAAUAUGUAACUUGUUCAAUAUUAAUGUAUUAAGACCUGAAUAAAUGUACUUUCUGUGUUA